GUGCCCCAGAAGGAUAGUGAAGAAAAAGCAGGGAAGUCCCUCUCAGACUCAUCCCUGUUCGUCCGCUGGGGUCAUGACCUCGGUCCUGAGAGUCGCCGGGUGGCGCUGAAAAAGUUCCAGUACUACGGCUACAAUGGCUUCCUCAGUGACCGCCUCUCUCUGACCAGACCCAUCCCAGACCUCAGACCUGAUGGGUCAGUGACCUUUGACCCUUCUGUUGGUUCCUUUUUAUCAUCCAUUAAAAAACAUACUGAUCCAAGUUCUGACAGGAAAAUUGUUUUUUCAUAUCUUGUCUGUUUGCUGUUUCUCCUCAGAUGCAGAAACAUGUCGUACCCCACCAAUCUCCCCCAAGUCAGUAUCAUCUUUAUCUUUGUGAACGAAGCCCUGUCGGUCAUCCUGCGCUCCAUCCACACAGCCAUGAACAGAACUCCCGCCCACCUCCUCAAGGAGAUCAUCCUGGUCGAUGACAACAGCAACAAUGGUAACUCCUAUAUUCUUACUAAAUGUAGCCUACAAAGUAUACAAACUGCAUUGUGUACAGGAAUCCAUUCAGGCUGCUUAAUAGCAAGCAUAAAUGCAUGCCUACAAAAUAUGUGUUUACAUCAUCAGUUAGAUCAAUUCACACUUGACAUGCUUGAGGACAGAGAGUACAUCAGAAGUUUCUCUUUAAUUGUAUUACCCAUAAAAUGUAUCUUACCCCUAUACACAUUUACAAUAUCUUAAAAAAUGUGCUGGUGUUGCUUGCCAAUUUAAUGGAUUACUUUCACACAGCUCCCAAUUAACUUAUUUGUUAGCCUAGCUAUUUCAGCCGGACAGACCUGUAUACUGAUCAGCUAUAGAGCCAGAGGGAAGUGAGAAGAUUUAAAGGCUCUGUUUUACUUAGACUGAUCAUUUCCCAUGAAGGCGUAUGAGCUGCAUACUUAACUAAACAUGUAUCAUAUUAUGAUGACAAAUGAGGGUCAAAAUAGUCCGGCAGAGGGAUAAAAAAACAGGCUGCUUCUUUUGAAUUAAUAUUUUUACUAAGGCCUCCUAUUUUAGGCUAUAAACAUUGAAUCAUUGGAUUAAAAAGAGAGGCGCGUCUGUAAUGUAAAUGAAUUGGAAAACGGAACCAUAGCCCAGAGGCAGAGUAUUACUGAGAGUGGAAAUGAAGCUAUAAAAUGUUCCUUUGUGGCCGUUGAUAUUCUAAUUAAUUCCUUGGCAGUUGGCUCACUUUGAACAAUGAGACACUUUCCGUUCUGUACAGUUUCAGGAGUCUGGCUAACAGCUCCCCAUCCUUAGUGGGGUGGCUCAUAGAGUCAGCUGGGGUUACUUCCCAUGACAAUCCAAUUAAUCAAAUUGACCUUAGUCCUCUUAUUUGUACUCUUAAUUUCUAAAUGAGUUAAAUUCCUGUAUUUUCACCACUAACUAAUGCUGUAUAUUACUUAGUUAAUCCUAAUCAGUUCAUGGUUGUAUUAUGAAUAUUGUCAUACAUAACAUGUCUGAAAGCUAUUGUCCCCUAAAGUGUCUCAGCUUACUCCCCAACACUGCUGUAAUGAAAAUGGACAGUGAUGUCUGAUCCUCGCCCUUAAUGACCCAAUCACUCCAUUUCGUUGCCAUGAGGAGCCACUGCCGUGACCACCUAGCAAAUUAAAACAAACAGGUGGCAGAUGGAGCUUGUGGGAAAGCAGAAUUGACUCCCCUCAACCAGACGCUGCUGAUAGACAUCAAUAAUAGGAUAUUUCCAGAGGACUUUUCACAACCCCAGUAUUAUUCCUUUGAAAUACCCUUUACACCAUGGAAUGUGGAAUAGAUAGCACUUCGGACUGUAAACCACAUUUUUAAAUGUGUGGUUAGUCAAUAGUCCAAGGUAGUGUACACUGAACAUACCUUCAGCAGAUUUCACAGGUGUAGGCUUUUAUAAGACGUAAUGAGAAAUACCUACACACUGUUUCAAAGCUUCCCAGUGUUUCAUGCAGCAAUGUUUCAGCCACUUCUUUGUAAAGGUCAGACAGACAGACACUAUGAAAAACCUAUACGAAUCCAUCUACAAAUGUUUCUAUAGCUGAGCUGAAGGAGAACCUUCAACACUUUGUGAAGGAGACCAACUCCCAGCGGCCAGACUUCAUCAAGCUGGUCCGUCACGACAAGCAGGAGGGACUGAUCCGCUCCCGGGUCAGUGGGUGGAGGGCCGCCAGCGCCCCCGUCGUGGCCCUGUUCGAUGCCCACGUGGAGUUCAACAUCGGAUGGUAAGGGACUGGGAUGCCAUAUGUGCAUGUGCCUAUCUAUCCAACAGCUAAAAACAUUGCAUAUAAACAUGUUGAUAUAAUUACAGGUUGGCUGUUCAUAUUAAAAUUGAUCUGAGGCCUUUUGUACAAAAAAAAAAGUUGAUGCUAUUUGUGUGUCUGCUGAUGAUCCUUCCUUUUCCAAAUCUAAUUGCACACUUAUGCAAGCCCCGUGGAGACCUAACAUUGUUAUUUUGAAUGAUUGAUUGAACAAUGUCUGUCAUUAAAAUUAAAAUAAUCAGGAGCUGUGGACAUGUUGUCCAAUGCCAGUCAAGAGCCAGUCCGCAAUAUGAUUUUCUGUCUUAUCUUGAAGUGUUCUAUCUAGUCUAAAAUUGAAAACUCAAACUCCCAUGUAGAAGUCUUCAAAUGUCCUUUAGUGAGAACUACACUGAGUGUACAAAACAUUAAGGACACCUUCCUAAUAUUGAGUUGCACCCCCCCCUUUUGCCCUCAGAACAGCCUUAAUUCGUCGAGGCAUGGACUCUACAAGGUGUCGAAAGUUUUCCACAGGGAUGCUGGCCCAUGUUGACUCCAAUGCUUCCCAAAGUUGUCAAGUUGGCUGGAUGUCCUUUGGGUGGUGGACCAUUCUUGAUACGUGUGAAAAACCCAGCAGCGUUGCAGUUCUUGACACAAACCGUUGCGCCUGGCACCAACUACCAUACCCCGUUCAAAGGCACUUCAAUGUUUUGUCUUGCCCCUUCACCCUCUGAAUGGCACACAUACACAAUCCAUGUCUGUUGUCUCAAGGUUUAAAACUCCUUCUUUAACCAGUCCCCUCCCCUUCAUCUACACUGAUUUGAAGUGGAUUUAACAACUGACAUCAAUUUGGGAUCAUAGCUUUCACCUGGAUUCACCUGGUCAGUCUGUCAUGGAAAGAGCAGCUGUCCUUAAUGUUUUGUACACUGUGUAUAUAAAUGUGUUAAUAUGUGUAUUUCCUUGACUGUGGCUUUGACUCAUGUCUGGCUUGUUAUCUGACAUGCAUGGUAAUAAGCUUUAUCCAACCUCAUUUGUUUCACCCACCAAAUCAACACAUCUCAAACUCAUUCUUUGUGUGGCACGGAAUACUGGAACCCAUAGCCAUAGGACAAGAACCCAUAAAGAGCCAUUAACAAUCAGUGGGCAGGAUGAAAGACCCACAUUCCCACUGUUUCCCCCUAUCUUUCCUGUGAUGUUAGGGAAGUAAUGAAAAAUGCAUGGUGAUAGAAUGUGUUCUUCCUCAUAUCGUUUUCAUUGAAAAAGACACAGUGAAUGUGAUAGCUACACAACGUCCCACCAUGCCUUGUCUUCCCGACAGGGCCGAGCCCAUCCUGCUCAGGAUCAAGGAGGACAGAACACGCAUCAUCUCGCCAUCGUUUGACAACAUCAAGUAUGACACGUUUGAGAUCGAGGAAUAUCCGCUGUCUGCUCAGGGCUUCGACUGGGAGCUGUGGUGUCGCUACCUGAAUCCGCCCAAAGCCUGGUGGACACAGCACAACCACACCGCCCCUAUCAGGUUACUGUCAGCUAAGACUUUUAUAAUCAACAGUUGUCUUCUGCUAUUUCACAGGCACUGUUUCUGUUGGCAUUGAGAAACCCACAUCAUUUUGUUUAGUCUUUGUUCUGUAAUCAAAAUCAAUGUAAGAACAAUAAUGUGUGUGAACCUGUUGCAUCAGUUUGAUGUAGAUGAAAGCUCUUGUUUUCUUUCUCCUGGUUGUUUUUAGACAGCCGUUACUUAGUAACAUGAUGCAGGAAAUCAUGCUUAUUCUUGACAGCAAAAUAAAAAUAAAGGAAUAGGCAAACAACCUUGUAGGUUUAUUAUUGAAAACAAAUGUUUAUCAUGAAAUCAAAUGUGCAUAAUCUUCAGUUGAGCACUUAGUGUUACAAAUAAACGAGCAAGUACUAGGAAGUAGUUCACAGAACUACAGCGCAUAAAUUACUUUCUCUCUCUUUUGCCAUUUUGUACCAGGAGCCCAGCUCUAAUUGGCUGUUUCGUGGUGGACAGGAAGUACUUUGAGAAGAUUGGCCUAUUGGAUGAGGGAAUGGAGGUCUAUGGUGGAGAG